UCUGAAUCAAACAAAGGCCUCCGACGGAAAUAUCCGAAUCAUCGACAAGAAAAAGACAUUCGGUUCCACGAGAGACAUUGCCACAAAAAAAUUCUGCAAAAAUAGAAAAUAGAAUAAACUAAAAGAAACUGCAAACAUGUCCACUACUUUUGACGAACAAUUGGAACGUGCCAAGAGCUUCGAUGGCUACCUUGCUGCCCUGGAUCAAUCGGGUGGAUCCACCCCCAAGGCCUUGAAAUCCUUCGGAAUCGAAGAGGAUGAGUAUGUACUCGGCGAGGAAUCUAUGUUCGACGUCAUCCACAAGAUCCGAACGCGAAUCAUCACCUCCCCCAGCUUCUCUGGCGACCGCACCCUCGGUGCCAUUCUCUUCGAGAACACGAUGGACCGCGAAAUCGAGGGCAUCGAAACUCCCACCUACCUGUGGGAGAAGAAGCAGGUCAUUCCCUUUUUGAAGUGCGACAAGGGAUUGGCCCCUCUCGASAACGGCGUCCAGCUCAUGAAGCCCAUGCCCGAGCUCGACGCUCUUCUCUCGCGUGCCAAGGCCAAGGGUGUCUUUGGAACCAAGAUGCGAUCCGUCAUCAAGGAAUURAACGAGGAUGGAAUCCAGGCUAUUGUUGACCAGCAGUUCGAAAUUGGAAACCAGAUUCUUUCCCACGGAUUGAUUCCCAUUUUGGAACCGGAAGUUGACAUCACCAGCCCCGAUAAGGCCAAGAUCGAAGCCGUCCUCAAGGCCAAGCUUGUUGAGGGGUUCAACUCGAAGAUCACCGAGGGCAAGGCCGUCAUGAUCAAGCUUUCCCUCCCCACCGAGGUCAACCUCUACAAGGACCUCGUCGAYCACCCCAACUGCRUCCGCGUCGUCGCCCUUUCGGGAGGAUACUCCCGGGACGAGGCCAACGAAAUUCUUACCAAGCAAGACGGCAUGAUUGCCUCCUUCUCUCGAGCUCUUGCCGAGGGMCUCAACAACAAGAUGACCGAUGCCGAAUGGGACGAAUGCCUCGACAAGUCGAUCGCCACCAUCUUUGAGGCCUCCAAGAAGCGCUAAAUCGUGACGAGCGCAGUGAAAAAAACUUCUCUCCAUGCCAGUGGCAAGGAAAUUCAAUCCAGUAUUACGUGGAAAUUCAAUCCGGUAUUACGUGUGGAAUCCGAAAUUGUGUUCUAGGUUGAAUAUUACUAAUAAUUAGCCCGCUACUUU